AUGGCGGCCGCCGUGGAAAUCAAUGCUGAGAUUCAGCAGCAGCUUACAAUGAGGUUAAGCUCUUCAACCGCUGGACCUACGACGACGUUUCGAUAUCAGGCUAUCUCUUGCUUACAGCAGGCGCUCGUGAGUCUGCUUUCAGAAAUAUUAAGACUAGCCCUGUUCUUUUGGGCUACUAUUGUUGAGUGCUUUGCUGAUGAAUUGAUCAACGCAGCCAAGCGCUCGUCCAACAGCUAUGCCAUCAAAAAAGAAGAAUCGGAUUGAGAGAGUUGCCAAGCCAAUCGUUAAGGAGUUUUCUUUUGCCCUGAGUUAUAUUUUUAUCCAAUCAUUUUUGUUUUCAAUGUUUCAGAUGUUUUGUUAUUUGCAAGUUUACUUCUGCGCUCUGAACUACUUUGAAUAUACAUUUUGGUUUCCAUAUGAUUACAAAGAAGAGCAAGA